UUAGACUCUGGAACGCCAUUUAUCAAUACGUAUUUUCAUAUUGCGCGGUAUCAAUCGGAAGAUAAGCCACCUUCUUAUGAUUAAAAACGACAUACAUAUGAGUGCAUCGUUUGUUUUUAUGUGUUUAAUUUUCAGUUAUGUUAUUACAAAUAUCAGUUCAGUUGAAAUAUGCUGCAGUCCACAGGCGACAUUAUACCGGAUCCGUGAGUCAAAUAGCUCAAUUGGCUUCGAAUGUACCCCCCUUCAAAAUGGGCCAAGUAAAGUAGACCGACCGGAGAAUAUGGACGUAGUACGUCCACAAGGAUAUAACUUGGAAAGAAAUAAUACAAAUACAGAGCUACAACAAUGUGCGCGAACUAUCCAUUCAAAUAUAUCACUAUAUACUGAAAUAUCUGUGCUUGAUGUGCCACAAAAAUCAUGCCUUGUUAUUAUGGACAGCCGUCUCAUUGUUUUAGCAUGUGGAUCCAGCAACACCGAAGAAAAUAUAUUGCAAGGCAUUGGAAUAAUUAAUAAAUGCUGCCCCCACGGUUAUACAUAUGUUUCGGAGUUGAACAAGUGCUUUUCACGGGAACCCGAUUUCAAUUUAUACUCUCACAUUUUCAACAAACCAAUGAUUUUUGUUGAUGACGCAUUUGUGUGCCCCAGCAACAAAGUUCUAGUUGAAUAUGUCGCGACGGCGGAAACAAUCAGCUUAAAAGAUAGCCAGCUUACUUUAAAAGACACUCGCAAAUCAUUUACAAAAAGUCAAUAUUGCAUUGAAGCAAUCGAAAUAAACAAAAACAAAAGUAAACCAAAAAAUGAAAAUACUCAGAAAUUUAUAAUUCACACAUGCCAAAAUCUUAAAAUAUGCAAUGCCCUGGCAUGCGUCCGUAGGUGUUGCGCCGAUGGCGAAUUCUAUUCGAAAAAAAAUAUGACAACAGCUUGUCGAAGAGAUGAAAACGACUUUAAAUUUCGGAGUUUUGAAAGCAUGAGUAUCAGCGGAAAUUUUACAAAGCCCUCUGAAUUUGGAAUAUUAACCGGAUUAGAAUGCCCAAAAUUUCGCUUAGACCCGGACUCAUUUCCUGACGAAUCGCAUGUAAUAAGUUCAACCAACGGAUCGCUGUUUAUAACAAGCACGGAAAAAAUGUACUCAAAUAGCCAAUACUGCAUCGAAAAAAUCAGAAAUACAUCAUACGCUGAUCAAAAGUUUUACACAUUUGUAUGCUUUGAUUCUAAAGUUUUGGGCAAUGAUCGCAUACGAUUCAAAAUGUAUCCCGUUGGUCUUCUGAUAUCAUGUUGUUUUUAUAUAAUUACACUUGUGGUGUAUACAUCAAUUGAAAAAUUGCGUAAUCUUCCGGGAAAAAUUCUAAUAUGUUUGAUAAGCAGUCUCCUCUUUGCCUACCUCGGAAUCGCAUUAGGGCAAUUAAUGCCAACAUCGAACAAUGACAUAUGCUUUAUCUCAGGUUUUCUUGUUUACUUUUUCCUAAUGGCCGCAUUUUCUUGGAUGAAUAUUACAUGUUUCGACAUUUGGAAGACAUUUGGAUCAACCGAAUCAUCGAAUUUACAAAGGAGGGAACAGCGAAAACGAUUCUUGUGGUACUCUCUAUAUGGCUGGGGAAUGCCAACGGUUUUAACAACAAUAACUGCAUCAUUAAGCAAAUCCACGAUCUUAAGUGAUUCUAUCCGACCUGUAUUUGGAAAUGGCCGAUGCUGGUUUACCUAUGACACAAUUGGGUUUGCCAGUUUAAUAUUUUUUUCUGGACCGCUGGGAAUACUCUUUGUCGUUAACCUUUUGCUGUUCUUGUUAACGUUGAAAUACUGCAACAAAGUUAAACGUGAAAUAUUCAGGAUGCAGAGUUCGAAUGCUGAAAAACAUACAUUGAGAAGCCGGUUUUUUAUAGACAAAACCAGAUUCAUCAUGAAUACAAAAUUGUGCUUUGUAAUGGGAAUCACAUGGCUCUUUGAAAUUGCCAGCAUUUUCUUUUAUGAUCACAAAAAGAACUUUUUUUGGUCAAUUAGCGAUUCAUUCAAUGUUCUGCUGGGCGUAUUUGUAUUUAUUAUUUUUGUUUUUAAAAGACGUGUAUGGAAGGAGAUCAUGAUCAAAUUAGGUUUUCAGUCAAAGAACGACGUGCGAAGAAAUGGAAAUGCAACACGCCUAACACAAUCAACAUUCGUAACACAAAGUAUACACAUGAAGAAGCUUGACGAAGUUGGCGGUAAUACUCCCAUCCUACGAAGAACCUCUUAGACGCUUAAGAAACCAUAUUUAUAAAAAGAGAAAAUAAUUAUAAAUUAAUGUUAUAUUAUUUAUA